GGGCAAUAUUCGUUUUCAGCUCUGAACGUCGAGGUUCACUGCUUGCACUUUAGUCAGAGCAAGCAGCGCUGAAGCUCUGCAGUCAACGGCACCACUGAUAACCGCACAACUACAGCGAGACCUCAUACGCCGCCACCGAAGCGCCCUCAGCGCCACUGGUUUCAGACACUGACUUGGCGCAUACAAAUAGAGACGAGAAGCCUCGCUCAACCGCCAACGACGAGAGCACCAUGGCCGACGAGCAAAAAACCACGACCCCGGACCGCACCACCUACACCUCGCUCAACCUGGGCCGAGAGUCCGUCGACCGCCACCCGAGCCAACAACCGGAGACGCUCUACUCGUCGCCGGCGCAAAGAGCAGCAUUGUUAAGAACCUGCGGCGGCGCCGCCAUCCUGCUGGGGAUUGUCAUUUCAUUGGUGGCGAGCGCGGCGAUGGUGGCCACGGCGCCACCGCCCGUCGGCACGGUGCGCUUCGGCCUGCCCCAGCCGCAGGCGAAAAGAUCUGUUGCGGGGAGACUGAGGCAGCGCUUAGUUGUUGAUGUCGGCACGGACAACUUUGGAGUUGUUGCACGGCGCUACGGUGCUACAGCCCCGGCGCCGACGUUACUCGUCGAGCCGGGCGACACGUUGACCGUGGAUUUACAAAACAAGCUCGGCCCCGAGGCCCCGGGCGACGCGCUCAUGACCGGCCUGCAUCGACCCAAUACGACGUCCUUGCACGUGCACGGCUGGCACGUGUCGCCGAGGGAGGACGACGUUUUUACACUCAUAGCGCCCGGCUCUAGCAAAAAGUAUGUGUACCACCUGCCCCAAACACACCCGGCGGGCACGUUCUGGUACCACGCCCACGGCCACGGGAGCUCGUCGCUCCAGGCGGGCUGGAUGGCCGGGGCGCUGAUCGUCCACGACAAGGACCACCGGCGCCUCCCGCCGGACGUCGUGCUGCUCAUGACGCAGGUCCGCGCCGGCGUCCUCAUUUUGUUGCGGCGACUAUCAUGCGCCGUCGAAACACACACAAACACGCUCCGAGCCGUAACGUCUGGCCGCGCGGUCGACGCGGCACCCGUACGACGCCCUCGCGCCCUCGACGCGCCGUCGACGCCAUCGCCGCUGCCGCCGCGCGACGAAAGAAAAAACACACAGGUCAACCUCGUCGCGGGCAAGGCCCGGAACUACGCCUGGGCGUCCUACGCGUCCGGCUCGAAGCUACCAGUUGUGAGGGGAAAGGAGGUGAGCGCGGGGUCGACGGACGGCAUGGCCCUCGCAUUGGCCAACAAACUCAAGGCACCGCUCAAUGCUAGUUUUUUCGCGGUCAAUGGAUUACGGAUUCCUACUUUGAGACCGCCGGCGAAGGCCUGGGUUAGGUUUAGGUUAAUCCAGGCCGGGACGAACGACGUGCUGGCUUUGCACUUGCAGGACGAGCACGCCUGCGAGACCUUUGUGGUUGCUCGGGACGGCUACACGCUGCAGGACCCGCGCGGCGACCAGUUAACUCGUGAAUCACCAUUAGUGCUGGCACCCGGAUCUAGAGCGGACGUCUACGUGCGGUGCUCGCGUAAAACGUCGCUCAAGUCCGCGUUUUCUGAUGAGUUAAAAGCCUAUCUGGGCUCCGGCUCGGACGUGUACAGCGGUUCGAUCAUCAAAAUAAGACCGACGGCGUCUCAGGUGGUCACGAAGGAUACUGAUGAUGUUUCAGGAGAGGACCCGCGUUUCCCUUCCACACCAGACAUACCUUCCUUACUCGCGGCGACCCCGGACCGAAGGGCCACCCUCGAGAUGGUCCAGCGCGGUUCCAUCGUCAAGGACGGGAACGGCUACACGGACUAUGCGUUGGAUGUGGUCCAGGGCGACGGUUCUGUAAAAGUGGGGGACGUCGUCGAGUGGACCAUUGUUAACAUGCACAAAGGGGCGCCGGGCGAGGUCGUCCCGCAGGACACGACGCACCCGUUCCACCUCCACACGAACCACUUCCAGGUCGUGGCGACGUCCCACGGCGACGGCGUCGAUUAUAGUGUGGGCGACUGGCGCGACACGAUCACGCUGCCGACGCCGGGCAACGUCACGAUCCGCUUCCGCGCGAGCGACUUCGACGGGCCUUCAUUGGCGCACUGCCACAUCUUCUCGCACGCGGACCUGGGCAUGCUCCACGCGUUCUCUAUUCAACCCGCGGCGUAGGCGACCCCUCACAUCCCCUCCCCCAGUGUUGUUGACCCCGAGCCCCUGUCUAACCGAUGUAACAAAAUAGACUUAAGGCACGGCACCGCGCCG